UCCACUCCAGCUCACCAUAAGCUUAUCUAUGAAAGAAUCAAUAAUUACCAAAGAAUCAUCAUAAACAGUAGUCGUGUGGGACGCAUUUUCCUCUAUAUAAUUCCAAAAUCAAGAGUGAAGAAAGCAACUGAUUUGGAACAUGCAAAGUGAAUUUUUUAUAAAAAACAAAAUUUGAGAGAGUGAGAUUGAGAGUGAGAAUGGGAGGAGAUGCUGAUUUGUUUGAGACGCGAGCAGGGAGAGGUAGAGCAGUGCACAGAGGAUUGUGUGUAACAAUAUUAGCAGGCAUAGUUUGUGUUUGGAUUUACAGACUAAGUCACAUCCCUGAAUUGGGAAGAUUCAGCUGGAUUGCGAUGCUCUGUGCCGAGGCCGUCUUGGGAUGCUACUGGGUUAUCUCUCAGUCCGGCCGCUGGGCCGUUGUCUACCGCUUCCCCUUCAAGGAUAAGCUUUCCUCAAGAUACGGAGAGAAGGUGCCACCGGUUGAUGUGUUUGUUUGCACAGCUGAUCCAGUUCUAGAGCCGCCCUCUCUGGUGGUGAACACGGUUUUAUCGGUCAUGUCCUACAAUUAUCCAUCCCACAAACUCAGCGUCUAUUUAUCAGACGACGGCGGCUCUCAACUCACUUUCUAUGCUCUCUUUGAGGCCUCUCUGUUUUCCAAAUACUGGAUACCUUUCUCCAAGAAAUACAACGUCGAGCCUAGGUCCCCUGCAGUCUAUUUUUCUCUCACCAACGCUGUCGAUGAUUCCAGUUUCGCGCGAGAAUGGACUCAUGUUAAGCGGCUGUAUGAGGAGAUGAAAGGCCGCAUUGAUUCAGCGGCUGCAAAGGGGUCUGUUCCGGAGCACAUGAGGGAUCAGCAUAAAGGUUUCUCCGAGUGGAAUUCCAAAGUCGAAAAGAAGGAUCAUCAUUCCAUUGUUCAGAUUUUGAUAGAUGGAUGGAAUCCUGAAGCAACUGAUGUUGAGGGGAACAGAUUGCCCACGCUAGUGUAUCUGUCCCGCGAAAAGAGGCCGGGAUGGCCUCAUAACUUCAAGGCUGGAUCAAUGAAUGCAUUGAUAAGAAUGUCGUCUGUGAUCAGCAACGCGCCAAUCAUUCUCAACGUGGAUUGUGAUAUGUACGCGAAUGAUCCCGAUGCAAUCAAAGACGCACUCUGCUUCUUUUUGGACGAAAAGCAUGGCUCACAGACAUGCUACGUCCAAUAUCCUCAGCAGUAUAACAAUAUCAUCAAGAAUGAUAUUUAUGGAAAUCAAAACUUUGCAACUGACAAUAUUGAGCUCUCGGGCUUAGAUGGUUUCGGUGUGGCCCUAUACGUUGGCACUGGAUGUUUCCACAGGAGGGAAAGCCUAUCGGGGAAAAAGUACUCCGGAAAUCACAGGAUUGAAAGCGGAGACAACAUAAAGAAGGAAAGUGUGGAAAAGCUAGAGGAUGCUGCAAAGGCCUUAGCCAAUUGUAGCUACGAGAAGGGCACUCUGUGGGGAAAGGAGAUGGGAUUGGUGUACGGAUGUCCCGUGGAAGACAUAGUGACGGGCUUAUCCAUUCAAUGCAGGGGUUGGAAACCGGCGUACUACAAUCCGAGCAAGCACGCCUUCAAAGGGGUUGCACCGACAACCCUGGACGUGGCUCUCAUUCAGCACUCAAGGUGGUCCGAGGGCAUGUUCCAGAUCUUCCUCUCCAAGUACUGCCCCUUCAUCCUCGGCCGUGGGAAGAUCAGCCUCGGUGGCCAGAUGGGAUACUGUAUCUACCUCCUAUGGCCCGUGCUUUCCUUGCCUACGCUCGUCUAUGUUGUCAUCCCACCUCUUGCGUUGCUCCGCGACGUGCCCUUGUUCCCAAGUGUUUCUAGUUCGUGGAUGGUUGCCUUUGCGUACGUCUUCGCAGCCAAGACUGCUUACAGCCUGGCAGAGGAUGUUGCGGUCGGGGAUACGGUGAAAGGGUGGUGGAACUUGCAGCGGAUAGUGGUGAUUAGGCGGAUGACGGCCUAUUUAUUGGCGUUGAUAGAGACGGUUAUGAGGAUGUUAGGGCUAUCGCAGUCGGCAUUUGUGCUGACUGCGAAAGUGGUGGACGAUGAGGCGGAGAUGAGGUACAAGAAGGGGUUGAUUGAGUUCGGGAGCUCGUCUAUCAUGAUGGUUAUCGUUGCAACGGUUGCGCUGCUCAACCUUGUGGCGUUCGGGUGGGGGGCGGGGAAGGCGCUGUGGUUCGCGGAGGAGGUGUUGUGGCCGCAGCUCGCCGUGUGCGGAGUGUGGGUGGUGUUGAGUUUGCCAGUGUACGAAGCACUCUUCUUUAGGAGGGAUAAGGGAAGCAUGCCGUUGCAAGUCACAGUGAAGUCGUUGAUUGUAGUGUCCACAGCAAUGCUCAUUUGUGUCUUCUAAUGCAUAACUCUCAGGUUUUGUAUUCACCUACUUUAUUGAGCUCUAAUGCUCCACUCCUAUUCCUACUCAUUUUAAAUAGGAGUAAAACAAUGUUUUUAUUAAAUAAUAUUCUCUCCGUCACA